UGUUGUUACGUAAGUGUGAACAUCCUAUAAUACUAAAAUAAACGUUAGCUGGUAACGUUAGUUAUAUUUAGUUAACUCAGCCUUCAGUCAGUUUGAACCAACUCAACUUUCAACUGAAACCCAAAACAAGACCCAGGUAUCCCUGUCUGCUCAGCCAAAACACCCACUGGCUGUUUCUGUUGCCAUUACAUUCAGGCACACCUUUUUACACCUUAUCACGAGGGCGUGACCGAAACGAGUCCUGCGCGAGAGAGGAGCUCACCUGAGAUCAUUACGCCACUGCUGCAUGUGGAACAUGGGGAAAGCAGGUGGACGGGUAGACUUUGAAUGGGUUUACGACGAGCAACCGCACACAUGGAGAAGAAGAGAAAUACUGGCGAAGUAUCCUCAGAUCAAGGCUCUGAUGGGUCCGGACCCCCAGCUGAAGUGGGUUGUGUCUGGGAUGGUUCUGACGCAGAUCUUGGCCUGUUACCUGGUUCAGGACCUGUCCUGGAAGUGGGUGUUUUUCUGGGCGUAUGUUUUCGGAGGCUGCAUUAAUCACUCCCUGACCCUCGCCAUUCACGACAUCUCGCACAACGUGGCUUUCGGGAAUAAGCAGGCCCGCUGGAACCGCUGGUUCGCCAUGUUUGCCAACCUUCCCAUCGGCCUGCCUUACUCCGCCUCCUUCAAGAAGUACCACAUCGACCACCAUCGCUAUCUGGGAGGAGACGGGCUGGACGUGGACGUCCCCACGGACGUGGAGGGCUGGUUCUUCUGCACCCCGGCGAGGAAAGUCCUCUGGCUGUUUCUCCAGCCGUUCUUCUACGCGCUGCGCCCCCUGGUGGUGAACCCGAAGCCGGUGACCAGGCUGGAGAUGAUGAAUGCCGUGGUGCAGUUCGCCGUGGACAUCGUCAUCUACUACCUGUGGGGACUCAAACCCAUCGUGUACCUCAUAGCCGGGUCUAUACUGUGCAUGGGCCUCCAUCCCAUCUCUGGACACUUCAUCGCUGAGCACUACAUGUACGUGAAGGGUCACGAGACCUACUCCUACUACGGCCCCCUCAACCUCAUCACCUUCAACGUGGGAUACCACAUGGAGCACCAUGACUUCCCCAGCAUCCCCGGCAGCAAAUUACCUGAUGUGAAAAGAAUCGCAGCGGAGUAUUACGACACCCUGCCGCAGCACACCUCCUGGUUACGAGUGCUGUGGGACUUUGUGUUUGACGACAGCAUCGGCCCGUACGCCAGGAUCAAGAGAGAAUACAAACUGGCCAAACAGGAAUAAACUGUACUGAAGACGCAUUAUAACCUCUCAGAGCCGCUAUUUAAACAGAACAGAGGAAAACCCGGAUAAACCUGCUGAACCGGAGUGAAGACGCUGAAACCGCUCCCCCGACAACCAGAAAUCACACAGACUUCAGACUUAUGGUCUGUUAUCUGAUGUGCUUCUCAACACAUGCAGGCUUAACACAUGGCCACAUAUUAAUAUGGGCUGAGAUGAAAAUGUAUAUUUGUAUUUACUAAACUCUAAAAAGCCUUUUCGUCAGUGAUGCCUUCUGUUUAUUUUUACACCUGUAAAAUAGUUUCUCCAAAAACCUGCUGUUUUAGACCGAGUUAAAGCUGCAGUUCUGAUCUGUGAUCUGAUUGUUCAGAGGUUUCAAUUAUAAUUUAAUUCACCAGAUGGUGGUGAAAAUGUGCACUGCUGUUUAAUAGUUCUGAAAUGAAUGGCUGAAUUAAAAUAAGCGUUUCAUGAGUGUGA